GCAGCCCCCUCAAACAUGAUUUCAUCUCAUCUACGAGUUUUGCUCACUGAAACUAGGCCAGCCUCUCCUUUUGAAUUCGAUUGUUUUCUGUCAUACAAGUGAAGCAGUCUUGGCAAAGUAAUGGAAUUAAUUUCUCUCCGGAGUCGCUCUUUGAGGGAAGGCUGAUCAAGUGGAUGAAAAGCGGGACGCCUUCAGAGACCGCAGUUCAUUUAUAAUGGAUAAAACAUUUUCUACAACAGGGAACACAAAUAACUGGAUGGCUCUUUAAGAACGCAACUGGUGACUUGGCGAGAUUGGCAGAAGCUAUUAAGAAGCAGUCUGUAAAAGCAUAUCCAGGCUCAGACACAUCCAAGAAUGAAGAUCAAAUACACUCUACCCAUUGUCUUUUUUAUGGCACUUGUUAUCAUUGAGAAAGAAAACAACAUUAUCUCAAGGGUGUCAGAUAAGCUAAAGCAGACCCCCCAAACCUCUCAACAACCCAGCAGUUUGUCCAACGUACUGCUGAAGCACAGUAGUUUCCGUCUGUCAAUCAGCAAGAGGAACGUCACGCUGAUGAAGCCACGGCUGGAGGACUACAGCGAGCACCGAGGGGCAUUGAGAAGGGGUAGAAAACACAUUCUCCUACUAGCCACGACUAGGACAGGCUCUUCAUUUGUGGGCGAGUUUUUCAACCAGCAGGGAGACAACAUGUUUUACCUGUUUGAGCCUCUGUGGCACGUGGAAAAGAUGUUGACUUUGGACACUGGAGGCACCAAUGCUAUAGCAGCAGCCAAAGCAUACCGUGAUGUGCUCCAAAAACUCUUCCUGUGUGACUUUUCUUUGCUAGAAACCUUCAUCGACCCCCUUCCCGUGGACCACAUCACCCCAGCCCUCUUUCGCAGGGAGUCCAGCAGCUCUCUGUGUGAGAAGUCUGUCUGCAGCCCUGUUGUCAAAGGGGUUUUUGAACGAUAUCACUGUAAGACCAGACGCUGUGGUCCCCUGAACCUGACAAUGGCGUCUGAAUCCUGCCUUAAGAAAGAGCACAUUGCCAUCAAGUCGGUACGAGUGCGCCAGCUCGAGACUCUGCGUCCUUUGGCUGAGGACCCACGUCUUGAUGUGAAAUUCAUCCAGCUGGUUCGCGAUCCCCGGGCUAUCUUGGCAUCACGUAUGGUGGCCUUUGCAGCCAAAUACAAGAACUGGAAGGAGUGGGCCAUGGGUGGAAAUGUUCCUAUUGAUGAUGACGAGGUGAGGAAGUUAAAAGGAAAUUGCGACAAUAUCAAAAUGUCUGCCGAGUUCGGCCUCAGACAGCCAUUUUGGCUGCGCAGGCGAUACAUGCUGGUGCGGUAUGAGGACAUUGCUCGGUUCCCCAUGAAGAAAGCAACCGAGAUGUACAGGUUUACUGGAAUCCCAUUCACUCCACAAGUGAAAUCCUGGAUUCUGAAGAACACCCAGGCCUCGAAGGAGACAAGCGGAGUUUACUCUACACAGAAAAACUCAUCUGAACAAGUGGAGAAAUGGAGGUUCAAGCUACCAUUCAAGAUAGCCCAAGUGGUACAGAGAGUUUGUGGACCAACAAUGAAGCUUUUUGGGUACAAAUUUGUGAGCAGUGAGGAAAUGCUAACAGAUAAAUCUACCAGUCUCAUUGAGGAUAAAGUGUUCAACUUUUUAUAGACUUUAAAAAAUGUUAACUCCAACACUUGAUGCAGAAAAUUUCAACCUUUCUAAAGCCUCUGUGAUAAAUUAUUUUUAUGAA